GGGAAAAGGAGGCAUAAAAUCCAUGGGGGAGGCUCAGCCUUGCAGACCUGGAGGACGCUGAUUUGAUGGUGGAAGCGCCUCACCUCUCUUCAGCCCCCCACACGCCGGUCUGCGCAGCCUUGCAACCUCUCCAGCCCUGUGGGGAGAAGCUUCGCCCGGGGAAGGUUUGGAAAACAGGGGAGCGGACGCCUUCCUGGCCAGGUGGGCGCGGAGGGAAGGUCCUCUCCAAGCGAAGGUUUGCAGCCCAAGGCUUCUUCUCCGAGCUCAAGAUGACCUCAGCCACCAAGGUCUACUACAGCCAGACCACCCAAACUGACAGCCACCCACUGAUCGGCCCGGCGCUGCGGAAAAGGCGGGUGAUGACCAAAGACGGGCGGAGUAACGUGCGCAUGGAGCACAUCGCGGACAAGCGCUUCCUGUACCUGAAGGACCUCUGGACGACCUUCAUCGACAUGCAGUGGCGCUACAAGCUGGUCCUCUUCUCGGCCUCCUUUGCCGGCACCUGGUUCCUCUUCGGGGUCGUCUGGUACCUGGUGGCCCUCCUCCACGGGGACCUGCUGGAGUUCGACCCUCCCGCCAACCACACGCCGUGCGUCAUGCAGGUCCACACGCUGACGGGGGCCUUCCUCUUCUCCCUGGAGUCCCAGACCACCAUCGGCUACGGCUUCCGCUACAUCAGCGAGGAAUGCCCGCUUGCCAUCGUCCUGCUCAUCAGCCAGCUGGUCCUCACCACCAUCACGGAGAUCUUCAUCACCGGCACCUUCCUGGCCAAGAUCGCCCGGCCCAAAAAGAGGGCGGAGACCAUCAAGUUCAGCCAGAACGCCGUGGUGGCUCAGCACGACGGCCGGACCUGCCUGAUGAUCCGGGUGGCCAACAUGCGGAAGAGCCUCCUGAUCGGCUGCCAGGUGACGGGGAAGCUGCUGCAGACCUACCUCACCAAGGAAGGGGAGAACGUCCGGCUGAACCAGGUGAACGUGGACUUCCAGGUGGACACGUCCUCCGACAGCCCCUUCCUCAUCUUGCCCCUCACCUUCUACCACGUGGUGAACGAGCGCAGCCCCUUCCGGGACCUGACCCUGCACACGGGGGAAGGCGACUUCGAGCUGGUGGUCAUCCUCAGCGGCACCGUCGAGUCCACCAGCGCCACCUGCCAGGUCCGCACCUCGUACCUGCCGGAGGAGAUCCUGUGGGGCUACGAGUUCACCCCAGUCAUCUCCCUCUCGGCCAGCGGGAAGUAUGUGGCCGACUUCAGCAUGUUUGAGCAGGUGAUCAAGGUGGCCCCUCCCUGCUGCCUCCACGAAACACCCCGAUACGGGGACCCCGAGAAGCUGAAGCUGGAGGAGUCCCUCAGGGAGAAGGCGGAGCGGGGGAGCUCCCCGCUGAGCGUGCGGAUCAGCAACGUCUGAGUCUUCCUGGGGGGGACUGGUCUCUCGUAGCUUCUAGGCGUCCAUCGCAGCCUCCCUCCCUCCCCAGCCAGGGUGCCCCCUACUCUCCUGCCAGCCUCUUCAGCUGCAGAGGGGGCAGAGCCCCCCCCCAACAAGAGAAGGCAGCCUUGCUUUUACUCCCCACGGAGGAGCCCCCAACAAAAGGGACUCUUCAUCCACCCCCCUGCCCGCGCUUCUAUUUUGCCCCUUUUCGAAGGCCGAGUGGCUGGGCUGACAAGGGCAGCCGAAUGCACCACCAGGGAGACGGGCCUGGGAGUGGCCGUGGCUGAGGGUCCCCCAAGUGAGGCUUCCGUGGACACAGCUCUGCUCCGGCCACGUCGGGUCGUGGGAUCCUGGCCUCCAAAAGCUUGGGAUCCCCAAGGCACAGGUGGCUGGAGCCUUGAGGAGGAACUGUGAGGGUCCUGGCCUCUGCACACACACACACGCACACAUACGCACACACACUCCACAUGAUCACAGCUGCAGCUUUUGUGUUGUUACUGUAAACCAUCAAAAUGCUGCACUUUUUAAGCCCAAGGAGGAGAAUGAAGGCGAGGGGGCGGCCCAGGGGAAGUGGGGUCUCCGAAAGCAGCAGGAAGGAAAAAUAAGAGCGGGAAGGGGGAGGCUGUCAGCUGGGGAACCCACUUCAGUCCCAGCUCCUUCAAAAUCAGCUGGCGGUGCCUUUUCCUCGGGCUAACCCAGAGCUCCGUCCUUGUCACUUUCACCCAGCCAAACCCAACCCAACCGAGGCAGGGAACGUUUCAUGGAUUCUGGAGCUUCUUUGCAGAGUGCUGGACCAAGGGGGAAACUGCCAGCUGUGCCAGGGAAAAUCCACUCAGGAGGGAAGAAGUCACUUUGGGCAGUUUCCGUGUUUGCAGUUGGAUGCCCACUUCAGUCAGGGUCGCCCUGAAAUUUUGGCCCCCAAGAAGAGCCCCCCUGCCUGCCUGCCUGCCUGCCUGGGCAGUUGAGCCCAUUGGUGUCCCCCAUGGGUCUUGGAGCCGGAGGAGCGAGGCGAUGCGUGGAAACCUCUGGUCUGCAGCAGCCACUGACAGUGGGAUCGAUUGAGCUGGGGGGGGCAGGUGGGCCAACCCGUCUGUCUCUGCCCCACAGUCAAACCGGCCUGGCCUGGGUGAUUCCUGCCGGAGAGUCCAAGCUGGUGUUUUGCACAUGAAGGAAGAGGGAGAGCACAGCCUCCUCUUGGGACAUAAAUGUCUAUUAUGGUAUUUAUAUAUAUGUAUAUGCUUAUUUAUAGAAAUGAUCUAUAUGUUGGUACUCUUAAAGAAAGAAGAAGGCGAAGAAGAAAGGAGUGAAGAAGUGACGUUGCACUUUGUCAAAAACAAGUGAAAGAGAGCAGGCACAAUGCUGUCAGCACCAAAAAGGAAGUUAAUCAGAGUUUACUCUGCAGUCCUCGUCCCUUUCUCCCACUGCUUUAAAGUUUUAGCAGCUUCUGAGACUUCCCUCCCUCCCUCCCUCCCUCCUCCCUUUUUUCUUUUUCCCUUUUUAAAGUUUUCGCCCUGGGCGCAUACUUAGCAGACAGCACUUCAUGGGUAGGUUGAAAUGUGCUUUGACCUGAGAUCCUCAUUCCUGACUUGCACAUUAAUUUAAGCUAGAAAAUUAAUUGCUAGCCCUCCCCCCUCAAUUUCACAGAAUCCACCCAUCUGUUUUCUUCUGAGUCCCAUUGUACCCAGGGACAAAUGCCAGACCUGAAGAUUGGGAGAGAUCAGCUGGAUCAGUAUUUGCCAUUCAAAUCCACUUGGAUUGCAAGAGGGUUUGCCACUUGGGGAUCAAAGUUUUGGGAGGCACGAAGAGGGAGAAGGAGGUUGAGUUCCUUCCUUCCUUCCUUCCUUCCUUCCUU